AUGAAACUCAUCAGCUGCUGCUGCUUCUUCUUGUUGGUACUAUGCGUUAUUAAUGUUUCAGCUUAUGAAUUGUCGUCUGGUUAUUAUGCAUCCACAUGUCCUGCUGCUCUCCUCACCAUCAAAGCAGCGGUUUUGGGCGCUGUGCUGAAAGAGCCUCGCAUGGGAGCUUCCUUGCUUCGUCUCCAUUUCCACGACUGCUUCGUCCAAGGGUGCGAUGCGUCCAUUUUGCUGGACGACACGGCGAAUUUCACAGGUGAAAAAACCGCUUUUCCCAACGUGAAUUCCCUGAGGGGUUACGAGGUUAUAGACAACAUCAAAUCUGUUUUGGAGUUGAUGUGUCCUGGCGUUGUCUCCUGUGCUGACAUUGUCGCUGUUGCUGCCAGAGACUCUGUGGUUACACUGGGAGGACCAUCGUGGGACGUGAAACUGGGGAGAAAAGACUCGACCACAGCAAGUUUAAGUGAUGCUAAUAGGGAUUUGCCGGCUCCCUUUCUGGAUCUCAAUGGCCUCAUCGCUGCUUUCUCCAAAAAGGGAUUCACGGCCCAAGAAAUGGUUGCUUUGUCAGGAUCGCACACAAUAGGGGAAGCGAAGUGCGCAACUUUCAGGACGAGGGCUCACAACGACACCAACAUAGAGCCGUCGUUUGCAACAUCACUAAGAGACAGAUGUCCAAGCACAGGUGACGAUAGCAAUUUGUCACAUUUAGAUGUCACCACUCCCAACUUUUUCGACAACUCUUACUUCAGGAAUCUGGUGAACAAGAAGGGUCUCUUGCACUCAGACCAAGCACUCUUCGAUGGAGGCUCCUCAGAUUCCUUAGUCACAACUUACGUCUCCGAGCCUUGGCGUUUCAGAGCAGACUUUGCUGAUGCCAUGAUUAAGAUGAGUGAACUUAGCCCUCUAACUGGUUCCGAUGGCCAGAUCAGGAGAAAUUGCCGCAAACUCAAUUGA